AUGUCAGUAAAAUCAACAUUUUUAAUUUUCUUCAUUUCGUCUCUUGCAAAAGUAUAUUUAUGUGCAUGGCCAGCCGAUCAUUUGUUAAGUGCAAGCACUGAUAUUGCACAUGCUGUAUAUGAUUCGAUAUGGUAUAAGGAGAAAGUUGAUUUCCAAAAAAAUUUUUUACAUACUCUAUUGCGUGCGCAACAACCUAUAGCUGUAAACGUACCUUGCAUGCUACCAACUGUUUCAUUACAUUAUUAUGCCUCAUAUGUUUCAACUGCCUUCUCUUAUCUGACUACUUUUCGAAUUAUACUUGAAGAAAGAGAUGAAGAUUAACGAAUUGGUGCUAAUACGGUGAGACUACAUUUAUUCGAAUUGUAUAAAUAUUUUGUGUAAUAAUUGUAUAUUUAUUAAGUUUAA